GGCCGAACCCCGAGGGCUCGCUGUCAGCCAGCGAACUGAGCCGCUACGGCAAGCCGGAGGAGGAGGGGGAGGAGCUACAGAGGCUGUGUCAGCGCUGCCACAUCAUGGCGUCACAGCUGAAGAGACAAGCUGCUGCUCUGGCCGACACCUCGGCCCUGAAGGACCCAGCCUACGCCUCCUUCCUGUUCGAUAAGCUCCACCGCCUCCAGUGGCCUCGUCGCAGCCGCCAUGCUUCCGUCGACGCCCGCUGCGACGUCUGCGCUGCUUCCUUCCAGCAGCUGAGGCGCCUCGCACUACGUCAGGCUCUGGGCAUCAGCAGGGAGAUGACGCCUCACCCCGACACCCCCAGUGCCCCUCCCACCCCCAAUACCUGCAACCCCCCGUCCUCAGAGAGCAGCUGGGUGGUUGACGAGGGGCAGCGACAGGGGGGCGGGGCUCUGUGGGGAUGGGGCGGAGUUCAGAGCACCUACCUUGGUGGGGGUGGCGCCAAAGGGCUGGCUACGGUUACCCCCCUCCCCCUAGAUGCACACCACUACCUGGAAGGAGUGUGGAGGGUCUCCUGCUGCAGUCCUGAACACCAGCACACUACAUCUAGUGUCAGCUGUUGUGCGACCGUGAAGAAUUCGACAAAGGUCGUCGCAGUCAAACCAGCCGCCCACAGCAUCGCCACCCAGACCAGCCAACUGCCGUCUGCUGCUGCCGCAUUCUUCCUCAGGGCGGCUCAGAAACUCAGUCUGUCCCGCAGGAAGAAGUCCCAGCCCGGCCCCGCCUCCUCGCCCAGCGAGGCCCCGGGGCCCCUGCUGUACACCGGGGGCUUCAGCGGGGCCCUGCAGCUCUCCCCGCCCGCUGUCCCACCAUGCCUCCUCCGGGCAGGGUCAAAGGUCAAGGACACGCCAGGGAUGGGGAAGGUUCGGGUGAUGGUCCGGAUCUGCUCGGUCUACAGCAGCGAGUCCUCAGAGUCCAUGUCCUUCCUCAAGGUGGACGGCAGGAAGAAGCAGCUCAGUCUCUGCGAGACGUCGGGCGGCGGACAGAGACGCUCCUUGGCCUCCGCGCCGAAGACCUUCACCUUUGAUGCCGUCUUCUCCCUGGAUUCCUCACAGGCAGAGGUGUGCUCGGGGACGGUGGCGGAGGUCAUCCAGUCAGUGGUGAACGGAGCGGACGGCUGCAUCUUCUGCUUCGGACACGCUAACCUGGGUAAGACCUACACCAUGAUUGGUCGGGACUGCUCCACCCAGAGUCUGGGCGUUGCCCCGACAGCCAUCUCCUGGCUCUUUAAGGUGAUGGAGGAGCGCAGAGAGAAGGCUGGAGCUCGUCUCUCCGUCAGAGUGUCCGCCGUGGAGAUCUCUGGCCGGGAGGAGACGCUCACCGACCUCCUGGCUCAGCUGUCCUCCUCUUCCUCCUCCUCCUCCUCCUCUGGGGGCCAGCAGGAGGCCCCGGGCCCCGCCGUGUCACUGAGAGAAGACCCCGUCUGUGGAUCCCAGCUGCAGAACCAGACGGAGCUGCGGGCGAACAAUGCUGAGCGAGCAGCCUUCUUCCUGGACGCCGCCCUGGCGGAGAGGAGGAGCAGCCGGGCGCCAAACGACCAGGAGGCCCGGAGGAACUCCCACUUCCUGUUCACCCUGCACCUCUACCAGGAGAGGCUGGACAAGAGCAGCAAGGCAGCAAUGUCUGGUCGGAGUCGGCUUCACCUCCUGGACCUGGGGAGCUGUGAGACGGACAUCAGCAGGACCAGAGAGGGGGGUGGGGGUCAGUGUCUGUCUCUGUCUGCGCUGGGAAACGUCAUCCUCGCCCUCGCCAACGGGGCCAAGCACGUCCCCUACAGGGACAGCAAGCUCACCAUGCUGCUCAGUGAAUCCCUGGGCAACAUCAACUGUCGAACCAUCAUGAUCGCCCACAUCUCCGACUCCCCGGCGAACUACAUGGAGACGCUGACCACAGUGCAGCUGGCCUCCCGCAUCCACCACAUGAGGAAGAAGAAGUCCAAGUACGCCUCCAGCUCAUCUGGAGGCGAGAGUUCCUGUGAGGAAGGCCCAUCCCACCGACCCCCGCACCUUCGAUCCUUCCACCCUCGGACCGUGGCCCUCGACCCGGACACGCCCCUGCUGCUCUCCAGUGAUCCCGACUAUUCCUCCAGCAGCGAACACUCCUGCGACACCGUCAUCUACAUCGGGCCAGGAGGGACGGCCGUCUCGGACCGAGACCUGAGCGACAAUGAGGGACCACCCUCCUUUGUUCCCAUCAUCCCCUCCCUGAACAAAAAGCGGGUCAAAGACACACCCAGAUCUGAUGGUGACCACUUCAAGUGCAACACAUUUGCAGAGUUACAGGAGAGACUGGACUGCAUCGAUGGCAGGGAGGGCCCGGCCACAUUCGGUACAGAGGGUAAAGCAGCACAAGCAGCAGCACUUAGGACUGGAGCUACUAAACCCACAGAGGUGACAUCUCAGCCCAAAUCUGAUAAGAACUCCUCCCAAAGGGUCUUAGAAAGCACACCCACCGCAUGCACAAACAAACCUGAUCAGGAACAAUCCAAAAUCUCCUCAGCUGGUUUGGACACUUCCAAACGGACAAGUGCAGACGGGGAGAAACUUUCAGCUACCCCCUUUCAGCCAGGUGUGGUGAGGCAGAGUGGGACAGAGCCUGUAGUGCGAGAGAAGGUCUACCUCAAAGGAGGUGGACCCAAGCCGUCUGCCUCACCAUCCUUACCUAGGACAUCCAGGGCAGCAUCUCAGCCUGGUGAGGUUGUUGCUAGGACUCCCCCAGUGGGUAUGAGUCAACAAGCGCUGAGGCAAGGCCAGCCACUGGGGCCACGUAGCAUGGGAAGGGCCCUUCAUACAAGCAGAGGCCCCGUGGAGCUCAACAAUCUCCGGGCAUCACUGUUAGGAAGAUGCCUUGACAGGGAUUUCCUGAGGACUACAGUUACACUGCAGCAGCCCGUGGAGCUGAACGGCGAGGAUGAGCUUGUGUUCACGGUCGUAGAGGAGCUUCCUCACGGUCUUGUCCCAGACAACGGCCGUCCCUCCAACCUCCUCAGCUUCAACAGCGACUGCUCUCUGGAGGCCUUUGCCUCUGGUUCUCGCCCUGUCAGCAUCAUCAGCAGCAUAAACGACGAGUAUGAUGCUUACACAUCUCAACAAGGAGCCAUGGGACCUGGAGAUGAUGUUGGAACCAACUUCCAGGAGAUGUUUUCCCGACGUGGCAGCGAGCAGUCGUCCAUUGGCUCACGACCAAGUGAAGAGACUGCUGACUCAGCUGAAAGAGAAGAUGCUCGUUCAACAAGCAGGCUUCAGCUGAGGGACAAAAAUAUGUCAACAGAGAAUGCAUCAACACUGACCUCACCAAGUAUAUUUCAUAGACAGCAAUUUUUGCAGCAUGGCAUCAAGAGCUCGUUGAACGACAGUGGAGUCUGUUUCUCAGAGCUGGACAGUGACCCUGCGACUCCAAACAAACCUUCAUUUACCAAGUGCCCUCCCUCCCCUGACUCAACCAAAGCCUCUCUCAAAGGCUCUCUCAAGGUGAGAGCCAACACUCUGAACUCUUCACUGUCAGCCCAGAUUCCCCAUCACGCCUCCCAUUCCAGUCUUCCCAGGAAAACGAAGCCUACCUCAUCUGCAGGUGUGGGCUGCAGCAGACAGGAAGGCAGACACGAUGACUUUUUGCUUCAGGUAAGCAGCCACUUAGAUCCCAGAGAGGUCGAGUUUCUCUCUGCAGGUAAGCCAUCAAGAAGUGGCGUAAGCAGCACUUCCUCUAAGAGGCCCAGAGGGAAUAGUAACAGUGUACCUCGUCCACCAAAGGCACAAGUGUCUUCUUCAGGUCAGAGGGUUGUGGAUGGUUGCGAGAAGUCCAGCAGCAGGAGAGGAGAUACUCUGAUCAAGCUGCCACGACUCACCCGAGGUGCAACAACUCUAGGAACUGUUUCCAUCCCCCAGAGUUCUGAAUCCAAAUGGGGUCACGAGACCACGUCAGUGACCGGUACCCUGAGGUUUGCUUCCUUGGGAAAGAAGUCAAAUGGCCAGAGAAGCAACACCAUCUCCAAGUCUGGAUCUGGAAACAUAUCUCCAAGUGCCUUAAAAACAAGCAGCGACAUUGGGAAGUCCUCAUUCCCUAAAACAUCAACCUCGGUGGAAGAAUUCACCGCCAGGCUCCGGGCAGAUUCAUUCAGCCACCGGACAUCGAGCUUAAAAACUGAACAUGGCUCAGCCAGGACAUCAUCAAGCCUGAAGGCGCGAAAAGCAGAUCCCUCCAAGCACUACGGCAGUCUGUUGUCUCUGGAGAGAUGUGACAGUCAAGCCUUUGCUGGCUCCAAGUCUGAGCUGUUCAGGGACAGCAGUGCUGCUGCUGUAGGAGGUAACAGCAGGUCAAAUAGAUCAGUGUCAAGACUUGGGGUUCCAACCUCUACCUCCACAUCUGCUUCUUCCUCCCAAGUUUCUCCUGGUAUCUUUGCAACCACAAGCAAACUGGGGCAGGUCCGAGUCGGCAGCAGCUCCCGAGCAGCAGUUUCUGGUGGGUCGAAGGUUCGAGCAUUGUCUACCAGCAGUUCCAAAAGCCUGAGCUCCUCCCCGAAACCUCCUGACAAUGCAUCUGGACGCAACCCCAGCCUACCGCUAACCAGUAAGUCCCCUGCUCGCUCUGGGAUAGGAGCCAAGACGGGAAGAGGCACCAUCAUGGGCACGAAGCAGGCCAUCAGCAGGGCGGCUAACAGCAGGGUUAGCGAGCUAGCUGCUGGGAGCCCAAGGAAACAGCUCAGUAGGGGGCAUGGACUGACAGGAAGUGAUGCCACUGACAGCGGUACUAGUAGUGUCAGUGGUUCACCAGUCAACACACCAAUACCAUCACCUUACAGCAAGAUCACUGCACCUCGGAGGCCCCAGCGCUACAGCAGCGGGCACGGCAGCGACAACAGCAGCAUCCUGAGCGGGGAACUGCCCCCCGCCAUGGGCCGCACCGCCCUGUUCUACCACAGCGGGGGAAGCAGUGGCUAUGAGAGCAUGAUCCGAGACAGCGAGACCACUGGCAGCACUUCUUCGGCACAUGACUCCAUGAGCGAGAGUGGUGUGUCCUCGUCCAGCAGGAGCAGAGUCUCUAAAUCGCCCAAGAAGAGAGGAAACGGUUUCCUGCGGCGGCGUCUGAUCCCAGCUCCUCUGCCGGACCCCUCCUCCCUCGCCAGGAAGGUGGGGGGUCAGUGGGUGGACGUGCCCCCGCUGGGCGGCACCCUGAAGGAGCCCUUUGAGAUAAAGGUGUACGAGAUCGACGACGUGGAGCGCCUACAGAGGAGGAGGGAGGUGGUGACGGGGUCAGAGCAGCCGUUCCAUGACGUUGAAAAGGGUCUGCUCUACUUCAACGCCCGGCUCAGGAUGCUGGAGAGGCGGCAGCAGCAGAUCAGGGAGCUGAGGAGCAAACACGAGCGGCUGAAAGCGGAGCUGGAGGAGGCCAAGAGCCGGCUGAUGCUCCGCCCGGACAGGUGGAGCGGAGAGUUUGACGUGGACCAGGACCUGGACCGGGAGUCCCAGGAGUACUUGGAGGCUCUGGCUCAGGUCACGGCGGAUCUGGAGUACUGCGUCAACCUCUGCAAGUCCCGCGUCAUGAUGGAGACCUGCUUCGACAUCGCCGUGACGACGGCCGCCGCUGUGCAGGGAGGUCAGCAGGAGGUGGAGGUGUGAGGGGGGAGAGCUGUGACAUCACUUCCUGAGGAUAUCAUCAUCUCUCUCGCUCCACAAUAAAAGUCCAGAGAAACAGAGUCUGCAGACGCUGACUGAGAGAAGUGACAUUAGAAUCACCACAGACACGAAUCCAGAGUUCAUGACUGACGCUUUGGCUCAUGCUCAGUGACACUACGGAAGGUCGUACUCACAAAUACUUUAAUCUCGUUAUCUCGAGAUAACGAGAUUUCAUCAGGAGAAAACGAUUGUGUCUGAACCUCAUACACUUGGUGGCAGUAACUCGUUAGCUGACGAGGACUGAUUAUCCUGAUCCUGUAUGAACAUUUCUGCGCUUGAUUGAAAUAUUGUAAUGUCUCGUUAUUAUUUGGAGAUAACGGAUUAAAAGCAUUUGUGAGUCUGACUUCUCUCAGCCUCCAUAUGAAGAGAAUGAGCGUCAUGUUGAAGAAUCUCAUCAUGGUGUAGAAAGAGGAUGAAGAGGCGCUGAGACACUGAUGAACGGGUGAAUUACUGUCCAGGACUGAACACCAUUCAUUCAUUCGUUCGUUCAUUCAUUCGUUCAUUUGUUCAUACAAAGACAAACUGAGCUGCAGAGACAGAAGUAAAACUGCAUGAGGACAACAUGUCUCUGAGGGGCAACUGCAGCAAACUGCUGGUCCUGGAUCAGACUAGUGAAGAUAAACAUCUCAAAAUGGAUGAAAGCUCUGGAAGUGCCUUUCUAUUUAUGAUCUGGUUUAAUUAUAAUUUCCCUUGUUUAUUGUGUUUUUCUAUGUUUCAUGUCUGUGUGUUUAUUGGUGCUGAUUUAAACCUUUACUGUCGUCAUUAUGCAAACUGAUGAUGUGAGUGUGAAGUGAACUGUGUUUGUGGGAGAAAGAAAAGGAGAGAAGAGCUUUAGUUCUGAUUGAUCUGCCUUCACACCGUUUCUCUCAUGUCAGACUCUCACCUCCAGGAAGUGAAGAGCGUCUUCUCAGAGUCAGAUCAGAACACACACAUCAUACACAUGGUUUUAGAUCCAGUGUGACUGAAUCUAAAACGCUUCCAGAGGAGAUCGUCACCUCCUGCGUCCAGAGCCGAUAACCGAUCAAAUCAAAGGAACAAGACGCUGCUGCUUCUAGAAGAAUCCUCCUGGUUCCUUCAGUAUCACAGUGAGACAGAACAUCAUGAUACACAGCUGAUCGCAGCUGAUACACAGCUGAUCGCAGCUGAUCGCAGCUGGUCGCAGCUGAUCGCAGCUCAUACACAGCUGAUCGCAGCCGAUCGCAGCCGAUCACAGCCGAUCACAGCUCAUACACAGCCGAUCACAACUGAUCACAGCUGAUACACAACUGAUCACAGCUGAUCACAACUGAUCACAUCUGAUACACAACUGAUCACAACUGAUCACAGCUGAUCACAGCUGAUACACAAC